GCACAUAAAGUGUAUUAUAUAUAUAAAUUAAAAGAUGUCUCAAAUGAUUAGACCACCAAUUGUACUUUUAAAGGAAGGAACAGAUACAUCUCAAGGUUUACCACAAUUAAUUAGUAAUAUAAAUGCAUGUUGUGCAAUUGUUGAUACAGUUCGUACAACUUUAGGCCCAAGAGGUAUGGAUAAAUUAGUUUAUCAAAGUGAAAGACAAGUUACAAUUUCAAAUGAUGGUGCAACAGUUAUGAAACUUUUAGAUAUUGUUCAUCCAGCAGCUCGUACUUUAGUUGAUAUAGCAAAAAGUCAAGAUAGUGAAGUUGGUGAUGGUACCACUUCCGUAGUUAUUAUGGCAGGUGAAUUUUUAAAAGCAGCUAAACCAUUCUUAGAGGAAGGUAUUCACCCACAAAUUAUUAUUAGAGCUUUUAGACAAGCAUGCGAUUUAGCCAAGCAAAAAAUUAAAGAACUCUCCAUCGAAAUCAAACCAGACAAUAUGAGAGAAUUCCUUGAAAAAUGUGCCCAAACUUCAAUGAACUCCAAAUUAAUUGCCUCACACAAACAAUUCUUUUCAAAGAUGGUCGUCGAUGCCGUUCAACUUUUAGAUGAUAAUAUCGAUUUAGAUAUGAUUGGUAUUAAAAAAGAAAGUGGUGGUGGUUUAGGUGAUUCACAAUUCAUUGCCGGUGCUGCCUUCAAGAGAACUUUCUUUUAUGCAGGUUUCGAACAACAACCAAAACACAUUAAAAAUCCAAAAGUUUUAUGUCUCAACAUCGAAUUAGAACUUAAAGCAGAAAAAGAUAAUGCCGAAAUUCGUAUUAGUGACCCAUCUAAAUAUCAAUCAUUAGUCAACGCCGAAUGGAAAUUAUUCUUUGAUAAACUUGAAGCUAUUCACGCUUCUGGUGCCAACGUUAUUCUUUCACGUUUAGCUAUUGGUGAUUUAGCUACUCAAUUCUUUGCCGAUAAAAAAAUGUUUUGUGCUGGUCGUGUCCCAGAAGAUGAUGUUCGUCGUGUUUGUAGAGCUACUGGUGCUGCUAUUCAAACCACCGUUUCAAAUAUUAUUCCAGAAGUUAUUGGUACCUGUGAUGUUUUUGAAGAGAAACAAGUUGGUUCAAAUCGUUACAAUUUAUUCACUGGUUGCAGCAAAACUCAAACUGCUACUAUCAUUCUCCGUGGUGGUGGUGAACAAUUUAUUGAUGAAGCUGAACGUUCACUUCAUGACCUCCAUAUGAUGUCAGAGGAGCUCGUAAACAUGGAUCUGUUUAAAUAUCUCCGGGAUAACUCUUCCUCUCAACUGAUGGUAAAAACACUUUUAAUCAAUGCUUUCGCUAAAGCCCUCGAAGUUAUUCCAAGACAAAUCGCCGAUAACGCCGGUUUCGAUUCAACUGAUAUCCUCAAUCAAUUAAGACAAAAACACGCUCAAGGUCAAAAAUGGUUUGGUGUUGAUAUCACCAAUGAAGGUAUUUGUGAUGCUUAUGAAGGCUCAAUUUGGGAACCAGCUGUAGUUAAAUUAAAUUCAGUUGUUGCCGCAACCGAAGCUACUUGUUUAAUCUUAUCUGUUGAUGAAACUGUUCAAAAUAAUCAAUCCGAUAAACCACAAGCUGGUCCACAAAUUGAUCCACGUACUCGUCAAGCUUUAGGUCGUUCAGGUGCUGUUAGUCAAAUGCGUGGAAGAUAGAUC